GCGUUGUGGGGCUCAGCUGGUUCACUUCUGGGGUCUUUCCAGGGGUUAGUUUCUAGCUGUAAGUGGUGUCUUUGCCCAGGGUGCCAUGGGUGAAGCGGAGAAGUUUCACUACAUCUAUAGUUGUGACCUGGACAUCAACGUACAACUUAAAAUAGGAAGCUUGGAAGGCAAGAGAGAACAGAAGAGUUACAAAGCCGUCCUAGAAGACCCAAUGUUGAAGUUUUCAGGGCUCUAUCAAGAGACAUGCUCUGACCUUUAUGUUACUUGUCAGGUUUUUGCAGAAGGGAAGCCCCUGGCCUUGCCAGUGAGAACAUCCUACAAGGCAUUUAGUACAAGGUGGAACUGGAAUGAAUGGCUAAAACUGCCUGUGAAAUAUCCUGACCUGCCCAGGAAUGCCCAAGUGGCCCUGACCAUAUGGGAUGUAUAUGGACCAGGAAAAGCAGUGCCUGUAGGAGGAACAACAGUUUCCCUCUUUGGAAAAUAUGGCAUGUUUCGCCAAGGGAUGCAUGACUUAAAAGUCUGGCCCAAUGUAGAAGCAGAUGGAUCAGAACCCACAAAAACUCCUGGCAGAACAAGCAGCACUCUCUCAGAAGAUCAGAUGAGCCGCCUUGCCAAGCUUACGAAAGCUCAUCGACAAGGACACAUGGUAAAGGUAGAUUGGCUGGACAGGUUGACGUUUAGAGAAAUAGAAAUGAUAAACGAGAGUGAAAAACGAAGUUCUAAUUUCAUGUACUUGAUGGUUGAGUUUCGAUGUGUCAAGUGUGACGAUAAGGAGUAUGGUAUUGUAUAUUAUGAAAAGGAUGGUGAUGAAUCAUCUCCAAUUUUAACAAGCUUUGAAUUAGUGAAAGUUCCUGACCCCCAGAUGUCUAUGGAGAAUUUAGUAGAGAGCAAACACCACAAGCUUGCCCGGAGUUUAAGAAGUGGACCUUCUGACCAUGAUCUCAAACCCAAUGCUGCCACCAGAGAUCAAUUAAAUAUUAUUGUGAGUUACCCACCAACCAAGCAACUUACAUAUGAAGAACAAGAUCUUGUUUGGAAGUUUAGAUAUUAUCUUACUAAUCAAGAAAAAGCUUUAACAAAAUUCUUGAAAUGCGUUAAUUGGGAUCUACCUCAGGAGGCCAAACAGGCCUUGGAACUUCUGGGAAAAUGGAAGCCGAUGGAUGUAGAGGACUCCUUGGAGCUGUUGUCCUCUCAUUACACCAAUCCCACGGUGAGGCGUUAUGCGGUUGCCCGGUUGCGACAGGCGGAUGAUGAGGAUUUGCUGAUGUAUCUGUUACAGCUGGUCCAGGCCCUCAAAUAUGAAAACUUUGAUGAUAUAAAGAAUGGAUUGGAACCUACUAAGAAGGAUAGUCAAGGUUCAGUGUCAGAGAGUGUGUCAAGUUCUGGAAUAAAUUCUGCGGAAAUAGAUAGCUCCCAGAUUAUAACCAGCCCUCUUCCUGCGGUAUCUUCCCCUCCUCCUGCAUCUAAAACAAAAGAGGUUUCAGAUGGUGAAAAUCUGGAGCAAGAUCUCUGUACCUUCUUGAUAUCAAGAGCCUGCAAAAACUCAACAUUGGCUAAUUAUUUAUACUGGUAUGUGAUAGUGGAAUGUGAAGAUCAGGAUACUCAGCAGAGAGAUCCAAAGACCCAUGAGAUGUACUUGAAUGUCAUGAGAAGAUUCAGCCAAGCAUUGUUGAAGGGUGAUAAGUCUGUCAGAGUAAUGCGUUCUUUGCUAGCUGCACAGCAGACGUUUGUAGAUCGGUUGGUGCAUCUAAUGAAAGCAGUGCAGCGUGAAAGUGGAAAUCGUAAGAAAAAGAAUGAGAGACUACAGGCAUUGCUUGGAGAUAAUGAGAAGAUGAAUUUAUCAGAUGUGGAACUUAUUCCAUUGCCUUUAGAACCUCAGGUGAAAAUUAGAGGAAUCAUUCCAGAAACAGCUACUUUAUUUAAGAGUGCCCUUAUGCCUGCACAGCUGUUCUUUAAGACAGAAGAUGGAGGGAAAUAUCCAGUUAUAUUUAAGCAUGGAGAUGAUUUACGCCAAGAUCAACUUAUUCUUCAAAUCAUUUCACUCAUGGACAAGCUGUUACGGAAAGAAAAUCUGGAUCUGAAAUUGACUCCUUAUAAAGUAUUAGCCACUAGUACAAAGCAUGGCUUCAUGCAGUUUAUCCAGUCAGUUCCUGUUGCUGAAGUUCUUGAUACAGAGGGAAGUAUUCAGAACUUUUUUAGAAAAUAUGCACCAAGUGAGAAUGGGCCAAAUGGGAUUAGUGCUGAAGUCAUGGACACUUACGUUAAAAGCUGUGCUGGAUAUUGCGUCAUUACGUAUAUACUUGGAGUUGGAGACAGGCACCUGGAUAACCUUUUGCUAACAAAAACAGGCAAACUUUUCCACAUAGACUUUGGAUAUAUUUUGGGUCGGGAUCCGAAGCCUCUUCCUCCUCCAAUGAAGCUGAAUAAGGAAAUGGUAGAAGGAAUGGGGGGCACACAGAGUGAGCAGUACCAAGAGUUCCGUAAGCAGUGUUACACGGCUUUCCUCCACCUUCGACGGUAUUCUAAUCUGAUCUUGAAUUUGUUUUCCUUGAUGGUUGAUGCAAACAUUCCAGAUAUUGCUCUUGAACCAGAUAAAACUGUAAAAAAGGUUCAGGAUAAAUUCCGUCUAGACCUGUCCGAUGAAGAGGCCGUGCAUUACAUGCAGAGUCUGAUUGAUGAAAGCGUCCACGCUCUGUUCGCUGCAGUGGUAGAACAGAUUCACAAGUUUGCCCAGUACUGGAGAAAAUGAAAUUGGGAUUAUUCCAUCAAGAUCCUUGGCUCAAUAACAAAACUACUUUAGAAGCAACCUGUGUAUUAUGAAGACCUCAGAGUAACCAGCAGUGAAGGGAAAACUUAACCUUCAAGAUGACAUAUUUUCUGAAUGCUACACAGUCCCUGAAUUCCAUUUCUUUCAAUGUCAUUGCCUAAAUAUGAUCUUUAAGGGUUGUUCUGAAAUAUUGUAUAUAUUUAUUUUCAAAUGUAUUCAUUGUUUAUAAGCUAAGAAGAUGUUUAUUCUAGGAUUAUGUACAUAUCGUGGGAAUUCUAAAGGAAUUAUAUGUUGAAAUAGUAAAACAUUUCAGGCUUUGAGUUUAAAA